GACAGGAAGAGAGAGAGAGAGAAUGUGAAAAAGAAGUGGAGGGUUCAGAGGAAAAGGCGAGAGCAGGCAUUCGAAGCUACGAUGUCCAAACUAGUAUUACUGUUGCUCACCCUGUUCUCGACUCUGCAUCCUUCUUCUCCUCGGCCUGAGCCAUUUGCUAUGCGCAUAAGCUGUGGGGCUCGACUUAAUGUUCACACCCCACCAACCAAUACUCUCUGGUACAAGGACUUUGGUUAUACUGGAGGAAGGCCGGGAAAUGCAUCACUAAUAAAUAACAUUGUUCCUCCACUUAAAACACUUCGCUAUUUCACUCUCUCUGAUGGUCCAGAGAAUUGCUAUAAUAUCAAGAGAGUACCCAAUGGGCACUAUUCAGUGAGAAUCUUCUUUGGGUUGGUUGCAGACCCUAAUUUUGAGAGUGAACCUUUGUUUGAUGUGUCUAUUGAAGGAACUCAGAUAUAUUCUUUAGAAUCAGGUUGGAGUACCACUGAGGAUCAAUCAUUUGCUGAAGCUCUAGUAUUUGUUCCAGAUGGUACGGUCUCUUCUUGUGUUCAUAGCACUGGGCAUGGAGAUCCUGCUAUUCUUUCAAUUGAGAUUCUUCAAGUUGAUGACAAAGCAUAUUAUUAUGGGCCGGGCUGGGGUCAAGGGACAAUCUUGAGGACAGCCAAAAGACUCAACUGUGGUUCUGGGUUGGCGAAAUUUGAUGCAGAUUAUGAUGGGCAUCACUGGGGUGGGGACAGAUUUUGGCAAAAAGUUACAUCUUUUGGCCAGGGUUCUGAUAAGAUUAGAUCUAAUCAAAACAGCAUCAGGAAAGCUUAUUCGUCACCUAACUUCUAUCCAAAGGAGAUUUAUCAGACAGCUAUUAUUGGUACUGAUGGUCAGCCAGAUUUAUCAUAUAGUAUGGAUGUGGAGCCUAACAGAAACUACUCAAUUUGGUUGCACUUUGCGGAGAUUGAUGCUGGCAUCACAAAUGUAGGACAAAGGGUUUUUGAUAUCCUCAUAAAUGGUGAUAUUGCAUUUAAAGAUGUUGACAUUAUUGGCAUGAGUGGGGAUACUUACACAGCUAUUGUGUUGAACAAGACAGUUGCUAUCAAUGGGAGGACUUUGACAAUAACCAUGAACCCUACCAAAGGAAGUGCCAUUAUCAAUGCCAUUGAGGUCUUUGAGCUUAUUUCAGCAGAAUCCAAAACUUUAACAGAAGAAGUUGGGGCUUUACAGAAAUUGAAGAAUGCUUUGGGGCUUCCUCUUCGUUUUGGGUGGAAUGGUGAUCCGUGUGUCCCCCAACAACAUCCAUGGAGUGGAGUGGACUGCCAGUUUGACAGGAUAAGUGCCAAAUGGUUCAUUGAUGGACUUGGUCUUGACAACCAAGGUCUAAGGGGAUUUUUGCCAAGUGACAUAGCCAAGCUGCGACAUCUACAAAGCAUAAACCUAAGCGGGAAUAGCAUUCGUGGGACAAUACCAUCCUCACUCGGAGCAAUAACAAGGCUGGAAGUAUUAGACCUCUCCUUCAACUUCUUUAAUGAUACGAUACCCGAAAGCCUUGGAAUGUUAACAUCGUUAAGAAGAUUGAAUCUCAAUAGCAACUUUCUAUCUGGAAGAGUUCCAGCUGCACUUGGAGGAAGGCUUCUGCACAGGGCUAGCUUCAAUUUUACUGGUAAUGCUGGCCUUUGUGGCAUACCGGGACUACCAACAUGUGGACCCCACCUCUCUACUGGUGCCAAGAUAGGGAUUGCAUUUGGGGUGUUUGUGGCAUUUAUACUUCUUCUUGUCUGUUCAAUGUGCUGGUGGAAAAGAAGACAGAAUAUACUGCGGGCACAGAGAAUUGCAGCAAGAGAUGCUCCAUAUGCAAAAGCAAGAACACAAUUUGUGCGUGAUGUGCGAUUGACUAGGCAUCAUGAGCUCGUUCGGUCUGUUUCUGAGAAUGGACCCAGUUUGCUCUCUUGAUUGGCUAUGAUUCUGGAUCCUUUCAACUUUGCUGUCUGUGCACUUGCCAUUUGAUACCUUUGGUUUGACCAAAACCUCCAAUCCCAUACCAUCCAUCUGCUUGCCCCUGCAGUCCCAAAGCUUUUUGUUCUUCAGCUGGGCUGCUUUCUGAGCUUCUCAGUAUAAAAUGCUUCAAGAUUCUUCUCAGGUCUUGCUUAAUAGCCCUUGAGAAGGCACUCUACCACGUCUGAAAGCGUACACGUGCCCUUCAUUUUUGUGUGGUGUUGUAUGCUGUAGAUUGUCAUGUAUAUUGCUCAUUCCUUCUCUUUCUGUUUUCAGCCAAAGUAUCUUACACACACAGACAAAUGAUUCCUUGCAUAUAUUAAACGACCAUUCAUACUAAGAGCGGCCUUCGGUUGAUAUUUUUACAUUGGAUGAGAGAUUAUUUUUUUCUUUCCUGCUACACAAACUUCAUUCUCUGGUUGCACUUGCACAACGUAGAAUGGAGGAAAACAUUGAAGUUGCAAGAAAAUGCUAGUUUUUGGUA